CACUCUCAAGCUGCUCCUCUUCCUGGAGUGAAGCACAGCCUGAUAACCCUCCCUCUUCUUCCUGCUCUUAAACACAGCACCUCCUCUCUGUCCACGUGUUUCCUCGUUCCCUCCCCUUCAGAUCUACACUUUGAACAUGGGUGUAACCAACAUGUGGUGACGUGUAAGAGCUGACAGGCUCCAUUCACUGCAGAAACACAUGUUGUUGAGAUCAGAGCUCAGACUGGUUUCAGUUAUAAGGAAGAGAAACUCACACAGUCACUGACACUGAGAGGAGAAAUGGCGCAGAAAGGAGUUCAGCUGGACCGAGAAACCUUCUCUUGUUCCAUCUGUUUGGAUCUACUGAAGGAUCCGGUGGCUACAGCCUGUGGACACAGCUACUGCAUGAACUGUAUUAAAGGUUUCUGGGAUGAAGAGGACAGGAAGGGAAUCCACAGCUGCCCUCAGUGCAGGAAGACUUUCACACCGAGGCCUGUCCUGGAGAAAAACAUCAUGUUAGCAGCUUUAGUGGAGCAGCUGAAGAAGACUGGACUCCAAGCUGCUCCAGCUGAUCACUGCUAUGCUGGACCUGAAGAUGUGGCCUGUGAUGUCUGCACUGGGAGGAAGCUGAAAGCCAUCAAGUCCUGUUUAGUCUGUUUAAUUUCUUACUGUGAGAAACAUCUCCAACCUCACUAUGAUGUAGUUCAGUUUAAGAAACACAAGCUGGUGGCCCCCUCCAAGAAGCUCCAGGAGAACAUCUGCUCUCGUCAUGAUGAGGUGAUGAAGAUUUUCUGUCGUACUGAUCAGCAGAGUAUCUGUUAUCUCUGCACAAUGGAUGAACAUAAAGGCCAUGAAACAGUCCCAGCUGCAGCAGAAAGGACUGAGAAGCAGAAGGAGCUCGAGGUGAGACGACUAAACAUCCAGCAGAGAAUCCAGGAGCAAGAGAAAGAUGUGAAGCUGCUUCAACAGGAGGUGGAGGCCAUCAAUGGCUCUGCUGAUAAAGCAGUGGAGGACAGUGAGAAGAUGUUCACUGAGCUGAUCCGUCUCAUCCAGAAAAGAAGCUCUGAUGUGAAGCAGCAGGUCAGAUCCCAGCAGGAAACUGAAGUGAGUCGAGUCAAAGAGCUUCAGGAGAAGCUGGAGCAGGAGAUCGCUGAGCUGAAGAGGAAAGACGGCGAGCUGGAGCAGCUCUCACACACAGAGGAUCACAACCAGUUUCUACACAACUACCCCUCACUGUCAGCACUCAAAAGAAGAAACCAGCGGCGGUCGUGUUAAACAACAUCAGCACGUUUAAGUCUUAUCAGCUGUUGUUAGAAUUUAUUUAAUAUUAAUUUCUAGUAUCAGCUGAUGUUUGCUGGAGCCACAGCUGUAAAGCUGCUGGUCAUGAUAUCGGUUUGGAUAUGUGGUGAGAGGGAAACAUGAAG